AUGAAGUCGAUGAAAGUUGCCAUCAUAGGCGCCGGUGCGUCUGGUCUUGUUACUGCCAAGUACCUAAGCCAGGCCAAGCAAUAUUUCGGCGUGCCUGAGAUUGAAAUUCGGAUCUUCGAGCGGGAGAAAAGCAUAGGAGGCGUGUACAGACACAAGGUAUACGAGGAUGCAGAAAUGGUUUCGUCCAAGUAUCUGACGGCAUUUUCGGACUUCAGAGUCGCCAAGGAGCUUCCAGAUUUUCUUCCUAUGGAAGAGUAUGUGCGCUAUCUUGAAGCGUACUGCACGAAAUUCGGACUCUGGGACUUGAUCGAGACCCAGACUGAGAUUAUUCAAGUGUUACGACUUACUCAGGGCAACCACAGAGUCUUCUACAAGCGUCAUGUUGACAGAAGGUCUGGCGGUGAUAACGAACCCAGACCUGAAGAGCUGUCUUGGGACUGUGACGCAGUCGCUAUCUGUUCUGGUUUGAACAAUAUCCCGUCGAUACCUGCCAUCGAGGGCUUGGAAAACGUGUCGUCUGUACUCCAUUCUUCGGAAGUCAAGAGCGGACGUCAAUUUGGCAAAAACACAUCAGUGAUGAUUCUGGGAGCGGGCGAGACUGCCAUGGAUCUGGCUCACUUGGCCGUCACCUCCAACGCUAGGGAGGUGGUGAUGUGCCACAAAGAUGGGUUUUACUGCGCCAAGAAGAAGGAAGCGACUUCGAAGGUGUUGCGACCGGACCUGCUUGUGCUCGCUACAGGAUAUGUUCGCCGCUUUAUUUUCUUAGGGGAGGGCUACCCGAAACCAGAUGAUUUGAACAUUCGUGGCAUAUGGAGACGUGGGGAUGUCACGGCUGGCUUCAUUGGGUUUGUACGGCCUGGAAUAGGCGCCAUACCCCCGCUCGCAGAGUUGCAAGCACAGCUUUGGGUCUUCAAUCUCCUUCGUCACAAGUAUCAGCAGCAGAUUCCCUCGCCUUCUGAAUACGCGGAUUCUGUAGCUCACUACGAAAUCGACUAUGCACUCAAGGCACGAGGCGGGCAUGAUUUCUUCAAGACCAAGCACGGAGUUGAGCAGGAAUCGUACGCGUACCAGCUUGCCCUCGAUAUGGGUGCCGCCCCAACGUUCACUUUCAUGAGACGCCAGGGUUUCAAGGCGUUUUUGACAUGGGCCAUGGGAUCCAACUUUAACAGCAAGUUUCGUCUUGUUGGUCCGUGGAAGUGGGAGAAGGGAGCUCUCGACAUCAUGCGCGGAGAGCUGUUCGAUGUGGUGAAGCAGACCGGAGGCGGAGUGUUCUUCACAACCUACACAUUGCUCCCGAUAAUUGUUCUUGGAGUUUUGACGAUUGUUCUGCACAUGAUCGCUGGCGUUCUCCGGCUGAUGGGCAUGGAAGAAAGGGCGAAGGUUGUCUUGGGUUCCGGAAACGUUCCCAGACGCGAAGGCGAUGAUUGA